CGAACACCCCUAUUAAACUGAACUUGUUAUCUCUAUUGUAUUACGUUUUGUAAUUUACAUGAGAUCUGGUUGUUAUUGAUUAUAUACGAUUUAUAUUUAUGUAGUUUAAGUUAGUUUAAGGCAGUUUAAUAAUGAACUAACUUAACUUUUCUCUUUUGUUUUCAUAGAGUCAAUAUUUGGCAUCAGACAUUUACAAUGUUUUCUUUUAUUCUGCGGCUUAUCGGUGGCUUAUGCGCUGAGAGUAAAUUUAUCGGUGGCUAUAGUGGCAAUGACUGAUAAAAAGGCCGCUAAUCCAGAUUUUGAUGAAUUUGACUGGACCGAGAAGAAUAAAUCCUUACUUUUAAGUAGUUUUUUCUGGGGCUAUGUCAUAACACAAGUACCAGCCGGCCAAUUGGCUCGUAAAUUUGGCGGCAAAAUCAUGUUAUUGACUGGAGUAUUUGUCUGCUCACUGCUAACUGUCUUGACACCUAUUUGUGCUAGACUAGGGGACUGGCAAUUGGUGUGCGCUUUAAGAGUUAUACAGGGUUUAAGUCAAGGUUUCUUAUUUCCCUCCACGCAUACGAUUCUCUCUAAAUGGUCUCCAGUAGAAGAGAGAGGCACCUUGACCACCUACUGCUAUUCGGGUACACAAUUCGGUACGGUUGUUAUGUUGGCUUCUAGUGGUGUUAUGGCUUCUUCAUCCAUGGGCUGGCCUAGUAUAUUCUAUAUAUCCGGUGGUGUGGGUUUGGUAUGGUCUGCGGCCUGGUUUUUCUGGGGUGCUAGUUCUCCCAGUGAAUACAAAAAUAUUUCCGCUGAAGAAAAGAAACUUAUUGAAACUUCAUUGGGUGGUAAAAAUGAGGAGGAUGAGAAUAAACCUAUGCCCAAGGCUCCUUGGUUUAAAUUCUUUACCUCGCUGCCAUUUAUGGUUCUUACUUUGACUCACUGUACCCACAAUUGGGGCUUUUGGACUCUGUUAACGGAAAUUCCCUCGUAUAUGAAAAAUAUUUUAAAUAUGGAUAUUAAAAGUAAUGCCUUACUCUCUGCCUUACCCUAUACCGCCAUGUUUCUCUUGAGUUUUGUAUUCUCUGCCAUACAAGCUAUGCUGAGUAAACGUAAAUGUAUACCUUUGUCGGUUAGUCGUAAGCUAUUCAAUUCUAUAGGCCAUUGGAUACCCAUGAUCUCAUUAAUCGGUCUGGGUUAUGUAACAGCAGAUCAAACGAAUUUAGCCAUUAUUUUACUUACCAUUACGGUGGGCAUAAAUGGUGCCACCUAUUUGGGUUUCCAGGUUAAUCAUAUAGAUUUAUCACCCAACUUUGCGGGCAUACUUAUGGGUAUUACCAAUUGUGCUGCUAAUAUCAUGAGUAUUAUUGCUCCUCUUAUAGUCGGUUUCAUAGUAACCAAUGAGAAAGAUCCCGAUCAAUGGCGUAUUAUUUUCUUUAUCGCCGCCGGUUUCUAUUUCAUUGGUAAUCUAUGCUUUAUCUUAUUUGGCAAAACGGAAGUACAAUCUUGGAAUGAUCCCGAAAAUGAACAACUGAUGAAAAAACGUAACUCUACUUUUGUAGAGUCUCAGCAUUAGUUUAAAUUAAUUUGUUUUUAGUGUGUUUAAUAUAAGUUUUAACUAAUUAGUUACUAUUUUAAUACUUAAAUCAGGUUCGUUAUUUUUAAAUGUUUGUCUUUAAUUUUAAAGUUUUGUUUUAUUUCCUUUGUUAAUGUUUAAAUUUAAUUGACAUUUUUUUUAUAUAUAUGUUGAUAUUGUUGUGCCUGAAUUUUGUAGUCGUAGUUUUGUAAAAAUAUUUAACAAAUUUUUUUUUUUGUUUAAGUUUAAAUAGUUAUAAUUUUAUGUAUUUAAUAAAAGAAAUUUAAUAAGUUCGA